CGCAGUGCUCUCUUAUCUAAAGAUAAGUAUUAUAUGCAAUUUGUUAGUAUUUGCACUUGGCAAAAUCAACUUGAUGAUAAAUAAUGUUCUAUUCAAAGACUAUAGCAAUGCCAAAGUCAAGCACAGCUUUAUUCGUGGAUUGAUUCACGCACCAUUAUCAUUUUUCGAUAGUAACACCAGACAAAAAGUCGAAUUUGAAUACAACAGUGCAUCAUUAGGCGUUGGUUGGAGUACCAUAGCAUUUUUGGAAAAGAGUGUGCCACAUGUGGUAAAGAUACUGCUGGCAUUAUACCGAGUGCUCAUUACUGCACCGCAAUUGUUUUUGGUAAUUCCGUUGCUUUUGUGGAUGGAGAUGAAAACUCAUUCAUUUGUAGAUCAUAUUAAUGAAUUUAUCGAAAAAAUGUACAAGAGUUCAAGUGUAGGACUGACAAAAGUAGAAGACCUCUUAGCAGACGGCAAGCAAAUGAUUCGCUUGUUUGGGGUAGAGCCGCAUUUUACUAUACUUUAUACAAAAGAGAAUAACAACCAAUCGUGCGUUGAGAUGGCUACAGAAUUUUACCUUGGCUUGAUUUUUGCAAUUGAAAAAUUAAGUGCCCACUUUGGAAUUUGGGACUGCAAAAUUACAGAAAUUGUCAUGAUUAAUUUGCCAAAGUACAAGAUGUCAUCUAUGGAAUUUAUGCUUAUUGACAAAAUGGUAGACGAACUGGUGGUAGACAUCAAUUAUUUGAUACACAUUCCCUCAUUGAUGGGUGGUAUAUCCAAGAAAGUUGACGUGUUUAGAAAGUACGCAGACAUAGAGCCCGAGGCGCCAUACAUUGUUCAAGAUAGUCGGCCCAAGGAAGCGUGGCCGGAAAAUGGCCAAAUCGAAUUCCGCAAUUUCAGCAUGAAGUACCGCAGCGAUCUGGGGCUGGCGCUGAAAAACAUUAAUUUAACCAUUAGGCCUAGUGAAAAGAUUGGCAUUGUUGGUCGUACAGGCGCAGGCAAGUCUACGCUUGUAAAGUCGCUUUUCAGACUUAUGCACGGCAACAACAGCGGCUCGAUAUUGAUCGAUGGACAUGAUAUUGCGGCUAUUGGUGUCGGUGAUCUGCGUCCACGGCUGGGCAUUAUCCCGCAAGAGUCGACUAUGUUCAGUGGCACCUUUGCUGAAAACUUGGAUCCACUCAUGGAGUUUACCAAGAAAGAUAUGUGGCUGGCGCUGAAAAAGUGCAGCAUGGCAGAUAUUGUUCAGCCAUCAUUAAACAAAGUGGAUGGUGCUGAUGAUGACAUAAGUUGCGACAUGGUAAAUUCCGACGCCAGCGACGGGCAAAUUCAAGCUUUGCAAGACUGGGAGGAGCGCUGGCAAAUCUCGGGCUGGCUAAUGCGCUUUGUUAGACUAGCACUCAACAAGAGGCCGCAGCUGGUGGUAAAGCCAGGGUUUAUUAAAACACACCCGCUAGACAAGAUGGCCAGCGACGGCGACAUCGGACUGAGCGGCGGGCAGAGGCAGCUGUUCAGUCUGUGCCGCAUGCUUAUGCGCAAAUGCAAGAUUCUUGUUCUCGACGAGGCCACAGCCAACGUAGACCUGGAGACCGACGGAAGCAUGCAAGAGCUGAUAAAGAAAGAGUUUAACGAAUGCAUUGUGCUCACUAUAGCCCAUCGCUUGGAGACAGUGAUGAACAGCGACCGCAUCAUUGUCAUGGAGCGUGGCGAGAUUGCCGAGAUUGGUGCUCCUCAAGAUUUGUUGAAAAAUGGCGGACUUUUCGCUGACCUUGUACGCACCAACGAUUUUGGCCAGUGAUUUCAAUUUUUCUUUUUUAGUUCAUUUUCCGCAUGACUAAACAAUUGG